AUGUUUGGCUGGGGUCCCGGGCUGGGUAUACCCUCGGCCAGUUCAGAGCCUGAGAAGGAACGCAAUCCUCCUUCCAAUCCAACCCCGCUAGACUUCCCCGUCUACAACCUCCCCGACGUGGUCCCCCACGAUGCCGACUCAACCCUCCCCGACCUCUUUGGCCUGCUGGCUGCGAUCAAGCGCCCACAGGAUAUUACCAUCGAUCGAUUCAAGCCGUUGAAUGUCCAUCUCGAAUCCGAUGUCGACGUCCGCCGCAUGUUCCCGGCCGAUCAGGCCCAAUCGCUGCCCCCGCUGCCCUGGGAAGACGAGUCGGAAGUCCCAUCCGUCGCUGCCAACCAGAACCAAGACCAGGAUAAGGAUAAGGCGCUCCCGCUCAUGAGCAAUGGCGUGCCCUACCCGCCCAAAGACCGCUUCGAGAUCCUGAAGAAUGAGCUAUCGCUGGAUAACGAGGAUACGUUCCGCGAGGUCGCCCGGUUGCCGCCCCGCGAGGGCCGCGCUCGCGUGCGGGUGACCCAGACUAGAAAGUUCUGGACAGGUCUGGAACAUAUGGCGCAGUAUUGGGAUACAAGUCUAGAUAACUACUUUGAGCGGCCGGCGUCGCCAACGGCGACCACAUCGGUGGAUGGGGAAGGCGACGAGCUGAUGGACACGGACGAUGCAUCCGCAGAUCUCGGCGAGCCUGGUCCAGCAGAGCCCGCAAUGGACGUGGACGAGGAUGAAUCCGCGAUGGAUACCUCCCCGCCAUCCAAUGGCACUGACAACGAGGGCAGCGAGCAGGCCUCCCAGCCAAUGGUGAAGAGAUACACGGGCCGGCGUGUCGGGGCAGGCAGUGAAAUGCCCGACGAGAUCCGCGACGAGACCAUCCGUGGAUUCGUCGAGAUGAUCGCCUGGCCCUUUGGCUGCCAGGUCACCGUGCCAACUCUCCCACCCCGUCUCACCGUACAAAGUCUCCACUUCCCCGUGCGGCAAUCCUUCCUCGCCGCCCGUUCCCCGCGGGACCGCACCAUCGCCCGCAGCGGUAUCCUCGAAGGACCAGUCCUUAUCGCACAAUGUCGGCCAGAGACUGGGUUCCGCAGUACGACCGAUGCGCCGGGCGCUGGUAUUGCGGAGGUGUGCGAUCUGUUCCGCGAAGUGGGUGGAAUGUUACUCGCCGCGCAGGAACGCGCACGCGAGGGCGCGGUUGAGUUGCGACCCGGUGAGGGCAGGUGGUGGACGACAGCGCCACGGUUUGGUGGAGCGCCGAAUGACGGGAUCCUGGAUGAUUUAGUCAGGAACGCAGGUGGGAUGCCGCUGCCAGACUCGAUGCUCGAGGAGGGUGGUGGAAAACCGUCGUCGCCGGCGGAGGAGGUCGAAAGUGCGCGCAAGCGACACAAGUUCGAGCAUCCAUUCAUUGCCUCGUUGGCUCGCCGGCCAAGUGCUAUGCGGAAGCUAUCCAGUGCGGAGAAAUGGAAAAUCCUACAACCCGGUCCAAGUCUGUGGGAUAAGCGAAUGCGGUAUAUGCAGAUUGGCAAAGCGAAGGAGAGUUCAUAUGACGAUAUUUACAUGAUCUCCUCCAUCAACCACCACAUCUCCCUCCUACACCUCCGCGUCCACAAACGCUACCUCGACGUCCUCACAAACGGCUCCAGCGCCAUCAUCCCCGAGUCCGACUCAGACCAGCCCUGGCACGUUCUCAAGCUACAGCGUACCAGGUGGUACGAUAUCCUUGAUGGUGCGGACCGCGUGGAAGCGCUGAAGGGUGUUUGGGCGUUAUUCCACUACCAAGUGCGGCCGACGUCAGCUUCGACGACGCUAUCAUGA